CUAACCCCAUUUUUUCUUAUUUGAAAUGUAUAUACAUUUGCAUAUUAUUACCAAAUUUUCCAUAAUUUUAUAAAAAGCUAAAAUAUAUCAAUACCUUGAAAAUACAGGUAAAACACUAAGAAAACCCAUAUUUUUGUUUAUUUGGAUUACAUCAGAUCACAGUGAAACGUUUAUUGCGGUAUCGCUUUUAACAGAAGCGAUUUUUUAUUUCCUAUAUUCAAUAAAUUAAAGUAAAAAAGGUUAAUCAACUUUUUUUUUUAUUAAACAAAUACUAAACAUUACCUUUAAAACAAUAUUCUACUCGCUCAUCUUUUUUAUUUAAAAAAGAAAGGUAUAAAAUAUAAAUUAAAUAUAAUAACCUAUAACACUUCCCUCACAAAUAUAUAUAUAUAUACAUUAUGAAGGAAACUAAACUCUCAACGAUUUGAUUUAAACGCCGCCAUUGGUUAGAAUAUGAAGCACUAUUUCCAAAUCAGAAAUCGUACGUAUACGUAUAAUAGUAAGAUUAUUGUUGUUAAAAGAAGAAAGAGUUAGAACCUUUUUUACAUUGUUAUUUUAUGAAAACCGGAUUGUGUAAUACUAUAGAACAAAUAAAUAUAAUUAGAAUAUUUAAAUAGAAGAUAUAAACAUUUUUAAAAGAUCAUGUGUUCUUUAAAUGCUUGUUCAUGUGAUUUUAAUGAUGACAUCACACCAAAAAUUGAUGCAAUACAAAUUUUACAUUCCGAUAUAUGCAAAAAGUGUCGGACUGAUAGCUGUGAAAUAAUAUUAAGAAAAAAGGAUGGAUAUUGCACAUCUUGUUUUUUAAUUAAUACAACGCACAAGUUCAGAGCAGCUCUUGGUAAAUCAAAAAUCAUCCAUCGAGGAGAUACAAUACUUAUUGGAUAUUGUGGUAGAGACAAUUCAACUGCACUGCUACAUUUGAUUAAAUCUGGAAUGAGUGAAACGACUCACAAAAAGAUUAUAUUUAAUGUAGUCAUAUUUUUUAUUAAUGAUGGGAUCGUAGAAGGAUAUACAGUAAAUGAAAGAAAAAAAAUGUUAGAUACAAUAGCUAAACAAGUGAAAAUGUUUGGAUUUGUGGGAUAUACAGCAUCUUUACAAGAAUCUUUGUGUGAAAAUGAUAUUCCAAAUAUUUAUCUGAUGGAUGAUCCAGAAGUUGUAAUAGAUGAAAAUGAUGUUAUAUCAAAAAUGCUUAAUAAUUUACCUGAUGAUAGUGCGAGGGAAGAAUUAUUACGGCAGUUACGUCACAGACUACUUAUCUUAGCCGCAAGAAAACUAGAAUGCAAUAAAGUAUUUGUUGCUGAUUGUGCAACAAAUAUUGCUGUAAAUAUAUUGAGUGAUAUAUCACUUGGUCGUGGUGCUCAGCUUUCUCCAGAUAUAGAUUUUUCUGAUACAAGAUAUACAGAUGUUAUGCUUCUAAGACCAAUGAAAGAUUUUACAAAAGAGGAAAUAAUCAAUUAUUUAAAUUGUAAUAAGUUAAAUGCUGUACGAUCUAGUAAACAAAAUAAUAUGAAUUUGUCAACUUCUAUACAAGCAUUAACAAAUAAAUUCAUAUCUCAAUUAAAUUCAGAGUUUCAUGGAACUGUAUCUACAGUUUUUCGCACAGGUGGAAAAUUAUCAACAGAAUUACUUGCGUGUCAAAAUUUAGAAAAAAAUGCAGUAUGUGCUCUUUGUAACAUACCUUUAGAUACAAAGGUAACAAAUGAUGAAAUAUCAGCUUUGCAAGGAACAACAUUUUCUGCUCUUUUAUCGUCAAAUAACAUAGAUAUUGAUAAUACCAAAGAAAAAACCAAUGAUUUACUUAAUGUUAAUCCAGAGGAAUUAACGGUACAAAUAAAUCACUCUGAAGAAAAUAAUCACAAUGAUAGUAAUAUUGCUAAUGGAAAAGAAUGUACUUGGAAUGUCAAAGAAUACAAAAAAUGUUUAUUAUGGAGUCAUAUAUCGAGAAACCUCCAUAUGUAACAACUUCAGCCACAGCUCAUUUACGACAGACUUAUAAUGCUCAACUGAUACCUAAAUGUGCAAAUUUUGAACUAAAAGCAAUAGAGUGUUAUGAAGCUUAUGGCUAUCACGGUGGGCAAAAGAAACAGUUAUGUCAAGACUAUCUUGAUGAUCUUAGAGAAUGUAUAUACAAAAAAAAGUCUUUGCUUCGA